GAUGCCAAGCCACCAGCAACAGGGCUUCUCGCUGAUUAACAGCUGUAAGUGGCUCGUGGUGGCCACUUCGGUCGCAGCCACCAGCGCUUCAACUGCCCAGUGCUUGGCCGUCAUGGGCGUCCCUGCACCUUAAGGCGGAGAAUUCAGCGGAUGACGGCUUCCACGGGGCCCGGAGAUAGAGGUUGCUGCUGGAGGCGAAAAGCCACAAUAUCAGCACUUGGCGAGGAGCCCGCGUGCGACCUCGAUGAUGUGUCAGCUCCCGAGGCAGGCUCUUUCCCGCUCGCACCAGGGACCGUCGACCCGCCCGGAGCUCCAGCCCGGCCCGCCAAGUCCAUCGUCUCGAUGCCUCGGGAGGAGUGGCUCACGUCGAUGCCAGACGUCACGGACGAGUUCCUGGCUAUCCGCCAGGCGCACACGAGGACAAAGGCAAAGAUCCUGCGCGACGCCAUGGUCGCGGCUAGGAUGAACAAUGUUCUGCAGGUCUCGACCUCCAAAUUCAAAUCAGCGUCUGUGGCGCUCAAACACGAGCAAGAAUCUCUCUCCCUCCCUCUGAGGCGCACGCAGUCUCUCGGCCGGCCGGCAAAUGGUGCUCCGCGACCUCGAGGCGGCUGUGCACAUUGUCAAUAUUCGCAUCAGCACCAAGUCGUCAAAUCGCGCUUCUGGUCAAGUCGACCUUGACGCUUCAGUCGGGCGCUUAUCCCGCUCCAAUACGCUCUCCUGUUUCUUCUCUGCCGUCCAUCCUUUGCCCUCUUUUAUGUCAGGUCAGCCACAGAC